GAAAGGAGUGAGCCAUGAAGUGUCCAUCCUUCCCGACGUCCGUGGUCCUCUGUUUGAUGGCGAUGCUCACAGGAAAUGUCCAGGUCCUCCCCGUUCCCCUCAAAACAAGAAGAGACCUCUUCCCUGUCAAGGAGGCGCCGCUCAACAUGGCCUUGACGUCUUUCGACGACCAAUACAAGGGCUGCGUGGAGUCGAUGGAAGGGAAACUGGCGGAGCUGAACCGCACUGAGUUUGCCCGCAACAGAGUCUAUGCUGAGGCCUGGGGAGAGGCGGCCUCCAAGUGGUGGGACAAGAGAAGGGUGUCCUCCUUGGAGCCCCCCACGCUGGAGCCGGAGCACGCCAUCACCCUCAUGGCCUACACCGCCCAGGGCCGCUUCCACAGGGACUUCAACGCAGCCGUGAGGGAAGCCGGGCGCACCAGGGACGACUACCUCAGCCGCUUCCACUUCAAGGCCUUCCACUUCCUCCUGACGCGGGCCCUCCAUGUCCUGGGGGCCGCUGCCCAGCCUCGCUGCCACAAGGUGUACCGCGGGGUCAGGAACGUCCGCUUCACGUUGGAGCGCGCCAAGCCUGUCCGCUUUGGGCAAUUCACCUCUUCGUCGCGGAGCAACGAGAGCGCUCUGCGGUUCGGCACAGACACCUUCUUCACCAUUGAGACUUGCUACGGGGUCAACAUCAAGAAUUACUCCUCCUUCCCGGGCGAGGAAGAGGUCCUCAUCCCUCCCUUUGAGAAGUUCAAGGUGGCUAAUUUCACAAAGGGGCAAGAGACCAACUUCAUCCAUCUUCUCUCGCUUGAGGAUGCCAGCGUCUACAACUGUGUGCUUGUGACAGGUAACAGCCAAGGGGCAGGGCCUUGA